UUUGCUCUUCCAUUAUGGCAAAGGUAUGUCGACCUGGUGCAGCUCCCCAAGUUCCUUCUGUCACUCCGUACAUGAGCUCAAAGAGAGAAACAUAUACCAUUUGGAUGAAGUCACUUGUAUGCAAUACAAAUGGUUGCACCGUCUAUAAUUCCAAUGGUGAGAUUGUUUACCGAGUUGACAACUAUGACAAAAAGUGCAGCAAUGAAGUCCAUCUCAUGAAUCUCCAAGGGAAACUUCUUUAUACCAUACGUAAAAAGAAGCUACAAGCUUUUGAACGAUGGGAUGGCUAUAAAUGGAGUGGAUCUUGUAAAUUUGACAAAGAGGAGAAGCCUUGGUUUCAUGUGAAAAGAUAUAGCAGAAUGCUUAUGGGAAGCUUAGCUUGUCAAAUUACAGUAGGGUUUGAAAAGUAUUGGAUAGUGAGAUUAACAGGCAAGACUACUGCAGGGUUUAGAAUAGUGGACAUUGAUGGAGGAAUUGCUGCAGAGGCAAAGAAGAAGCUAUCAUCUUCUGGGAUAGUUCUGGGAGAAGAUGUAUUAACCUUGGAGGUGGAGACUCAUAUGGACCAUUCACUUAUAAUGGCUAUUGUAACUGCCUAUGGAUUAAUUUGUCGCAAAAUGUAAAUAGCUGUAAAAUGUAAGAGUGUGGCUUCUGAAUCAUGUUCUGUUGUAUUUUUUUUUUUUUGGUAAGUAUGUUCUGUUUUCUUUACCCCUUUCAAAUCCAUUUUAUGUGGUUAAAUAUGAUUUGCAAUGAAGUUUUA